GUGGUUUCUGCAGUCUAUGGCGGUUUUUGACUAGAUAGAUGAGAGAUAUUAUUAACAAGAAUAAAAACUAAAAUAUAUAAAAUAUUAAUAAAUUGCCAUGUUACAUACAGUCUACAACAACUUUGUGCGACCAACAUCACCUGUAGAAACGGAGAAAGAAGUCACUGCAAUAAGUGGUGAUGAGGCCAAAACGUUUUACUUGGAAGAAGUGGAUCAAGUGGAAGAAAAUAACGACUCUUCCGGAAAUGAAGAAAAAGACGACUCUUCCGAAAAUGAAGAAUACGAUACUACCCAAAAGGUGUCAUCUAACAAACAUAAGACAAAAUCUGAAGAUAUAGAUAUAUCUAAUCUUAAACUUUUUACUUGUAUACAAGAUAAUAAUGUUGAUAUUUUACGGAGGAUCUUAGAUGCCUGCCCUGAUAAGAUUAGAACAGUUGACGAGCAUGGUUGGAGUUUGCUAAUGAUAGCUUGCCAAGCUAAUGCUUCUAAUACUGUCAAAGAGCUUCUCAAGCGUGGAGCUGACACAACAGUUCAAGAUAAAGCAGGCAAUUCUGCCCAGAGCUUAAUCAUCUUAAACAAAAAUAGUUAUAUCGCUGACAUCCUUCUGAGUCACGUUACGAAACGUAAUCAGUGUAAUGAAAGCAAUACUAUUGUAAAACAAACAAAACAUAAAACAAGGCAUAAAGAAAAAUAUGUAUGUGAAUUAUGUGAUGGUAAAUCAUUUCAUAGUAGAAAAGAACACUUAUCAUCUACUUUGCACAAUAUAAAUGCCAGCAAAGGUAGGAAAAUACGAACAAAUUAUGUCAUACCUCAGUCCAAUAAAGGUUAUCAGAUCAUGUUGAAAACUGGAUGGGAUAAGGAAGCUGGUUUAGGUCCAGAUGGGUCAGGAUCAAAGUAUCCCAUUAAAACAGUUCCAAAGAAUGACAAAAAGGGACUUGGCCAUGAGAAAAAGAGAUUAAAAACUUCAAAUGAAGAAUCACCAAAACAACAAAAUAAUAAGCACUUAGAAAAUGCAUAUGAACGGAACAGAAGAAUGGAAAUAAACUUCAGAAGGGAGUUUUAUUGACUGUUAUUUCUUUCUUAUUUGUGAGUUGUGGCGAACUUGAGCUGUUUGGAAAGAUUCUUGGAUGUUUGCAUGGGUUGCUUUGAUACUACUUGAAGACCAAGUGAUCAAUCAGAACUCAUAUACCUUUCAACUCUCACAGCACAGCACUAGCUUACACUUAAUAGUGGCUUAUAGGCAAUAAUGGCAGGCAAGGCAAGGUAAUGAGAACAACAUAUGCCCAUAAAUGAGUAUUAUUUAAGUGUCUAUUGUUCAAGUCAAUUAAAUUCUUGUUUAUGGCUUUAAGUGUGCCUAUUGGGCACAAGGUACUUCGCCAAUGUUGUGUAGAUGGAGAAGGGAUGAAGGAGAUUGAUUGGUGAAAAUAAUGAAAACUUAAUUUUUAAACACCUAAAAAUAAAUAGUUGAGAUUAAACUGUUAGUUCUAAUACAGCACAGACAAUACAAACUUGAGUUAUGAACCAAUUGAAAAGAUGCUAUUUCCUAUUUAUGAAAAAUUUACUUAUAUUUUAUUACACAUUAAUUAACAGACAUUUAAUAACUAAAAGGACGGGGGACUUUUGAGGGAAGGAUGUCAUAGAAAGGAUAUAUGAGUUUGCAACAGUUAAAUAGUAUGUGAGAUACAGUGCCCUCAUCCCAGCAACACUCAUAGAUAGAGUGGUCCCUUAUCAGGAGUUUGGCAAAAUAAACAGGACUGCAGGCAUGACCAAGUUGCAUAUGGGAGAUUGUGGAUGUAAUUCAGCAAUUUGCAUUCCAAUUUGAGCAAAACCAGGGUUGUCUUGGUAUAUUCUCAAAUUGGAGUUCAAUAUUAAGUCAUUCCAGAAUGUGUUCAAAGUUCUGUCCAGAUAUGUCUUUGCAAGAGCACAUAGAUGAGAUGAGAGGUGAUGAUUUUUUAAAAUGAUCUAGAUAACCUGGCCUCACAAAAAUAUAUAAAAUAUACUA